ACCACCCCUUGAGACUUGAGACAACUCGCUCCACCUCACCUCUAUAUAUACCUCCCCAGAUUCCCAAUCCCACUAUUCCCGCUCCCCUCAAAUAAACAACUCAAAAAAGGAAAUUAUUUCCCACCGCCCCCACACGGCGGCGCAACCCCCACCUCCAUGUCGGAACCCGAGCAGCGCCUCCGCCGCGGAAACCAGCCGCCUCUCUGCAAGCAGAAUUCGUGGUCCCCCGACAUCCUGCGCGACGAGGCCUGGACCAACCGCCGCAGGAGCCACCGCCUCCGCCGCGGCCGCAGCGUCACCGACGACGACCUCGACGAGCUGCGCGCCUGCUUCGAGCUAGGAUUCAAUUUCGACUCCCCCGAUUUGGAUCCGAAGCUCUCCUCGACUUUCCCGGCGCUGGAGCUGUACUGCGCUGUGAACCGCCAGUACAGCAAUAGCCUUUCCCGCUCUUCGUCUGCGUCGUUCUCCGAUUGCGAUUCAGCUUCUUCAACUCUCGAGAGCGGAGGAUCGUUCAUCGAUCCAGGUGAAGAUCCGGAGAUGGUGAAAACGAGAUUGAAGCAUUGGGCGCAAGUGGUGGCGUGUUCGGUGCGCCAAUCUCCGCCUAACUUAUGAUUGGAUUGUUGUUUGUUGCAAUUAAAAUUGCAAUUUGAACUAAUUAAUGACUGAUAAUCAAACUUUUUGCCCUAAUUACUGGGGUUAUGUAAAUAACAUUUUCCUUUAAUUGCUGUUUGAAAUUUCUUCGACCAUUAGUAUGUUAAUUAGACGAAUUAAAUCUAGAGUUGGACCAAAUAUAAUUUUGUUUUGAUUUGUUCAA